ACCUGGCGCAUGACCCCGCGUGGAUGAGGAGCGCCCGCCCAGAGUCCCUGGAGGCGGAGCUCGAACCUCAUUGGUAGAAAGGCGACCCGAAAAGAAGAAACUGAUCUUGACAAUCUCCGAGUGAUUGGAGUUGAUGGGACCGGGGAACAGCGAACUAGGCUGCUGACCAAUCAGCGUCCAAAAGAGAGACCAGGGAACCAAGGUUCUGCGGUCACACGCCGCGGAGUCUAGUGGGAGGAGCAGUUGCUCAGCAGGCUCUCGCUGCUUCCUGUUUCCGGCUUCUGGAGCGGGGCGCAUUGAGGCGCCUAGGGAAGCGCUGGCUUCAGAGAGGAAUCGAGGGACUGGGGUCUGCGCCCCCGCACCCCUGAUCUCCGGACGCGUCUUCCAACCUCAGAGACACAUUCUUGGGGGCUUCUGAGCCGCGGUUGCUCUGUUUUCCCGUGACACAAUGUUCCCCUUCUCUGGCUGCUGGAGGACUGAACUGUUAUUGUUGCUACUCCUGGCUGUGGCUGUGAGAGAAUCCUGGCAGAUAGAAGAAAAAUCGUGUGACCUGGUAGGAGAGAAGGAUAAGGAGUCAAAGAACGAGGUGGCUCUCCUGGAGAGGUUACGGCCACUGUUUAACAAAAGUUUUGAGAGUACUGUGGGCCAGGGCUCAGACACAUACAGCUACAUAUUCAGAGUAUGCCGGGAAGCUAGCAACCACUCCUCUGGAGCAGGCCUGGUCCAGAUCAACAAAAGCAAUGACAAGGAGACAGUGGUUGGGAGAAUCAACGAGACUCACAUCUUCAAUGGAAGUAAUUGGAUCAUGCUGAUAUAUAAAGGGGGUGAUGAAUAUGACAACCACUGUGGCAAAGAGCAGCGCCGUGCAGUGGUGAUGAUCUCCUGCAAUCGGCACACACUAGCGGCUAAUUUUAACCCAGUGUCUGAGGAACGAGGCAAAGUCCAGGAUUGCUUCUACCUCUUUGAGAUGGAUAGCAGCCUGGCCUGUUCACCAGAGGUCUCACACCUCAGUGUGGGCUCGAUCUUACUUGUCAUAUUUGCAUCAUUGGUUGCUGUCUAUAUCAUUGGGGGUUUCUUAUACCAGCGACUGGUAGUGGGGGCCAAGGGAAUGGAGCAGUUUCCUCAUCUGGCCUUCUGGCAGGAUCUUGGCAACCUAGUAGCUGAUGGUUGUGACUUUGUGUGCCGAUCCAAACCCCGCAAUGUGCCUGCAGCAUAUCGUGGAGUGGGAGAUGACCAGCUGGGUGAAGAGUCGGAAGAAAGGGAUGAUCAUCUGCUACCAAUGUGAUUGCACUUUAAUGUCUAGCCACCUCUUCAGUCCCCAAACCAAAGCAUACUCAGCCAGACUUCUCAAGCCGGUCUCCCAUCUCUCACCUUGCCCUUAAUAUUCUUGCUUUCCAGUUGGCUUUUGAUUUGACCCUAACCUGCCUCUCUUUGCUCCUUCCUAUUGUUUCUCCUCUGCACAAGUAGAGUGGAAGGCAGACAGACAUAGGGCCUGUGGGGCAGACUCCUGCACCCCAGGAAGAGCAAGGACAGCUAAAUAGGCAGAAAGCCAUGAGCCCUGGCUGUAAACAUUUUUAUAAGUUGAAACACUGGAUACUCUAAUUAAAAAGCAAAGAUUACUUGUACCUUUGGUUGCCUCAAGUUGUUCUGCAGUGCUUACCUGGCUGUAACCCAAAUACUCCCAUUUGCUUUGAGCCUGGAAUCAGUCACCUGAUUGUCCCUUGUGUGGGAUUAGGACAGGGAAAAAAAAUGUGAAAUUCCCCAACUACAGAAUUCUAAGGUACCAUCACGUUGUGUAUAGGUCUUUAAGUGGCUUGAUAGUUUGAAUUGGACCCUGGGCCAUGGUUUAUAAAUCCAUAGGUAACCCAAAUGCCUAAUCAAGUAGUCCUUUUCUAAAGUAAACAGACCCUGUGUGUUGCCUUGUGGUAGUUAGUCUCAGUGGCCAGCCUUUUCUUCCUCAUCUCCCUCUACUGGUACUUGUAAAUCUGAGUUGCACUUUUCUCACAGAUCUGUAGUUUGGCUUUUUAUACUUUCCCCAAUCAUAAAGGAAGGGAAUGGAAGCGGAAGUGGACAUGGAGGCUCUGCAGGUCUCUGCUUUGGGUGGGGACACUGCUGCACCUGUCUCUCCUGCUGGCUCAGGGAAGUGUCUGACCCACUUAUCUAUGGGAAAAGGAUUUUAGUUCUCUCUUUCUGUUUAGGCCAUCUGCCCAGAUGCAAGCUGAUCUCGCUAUAAUAGUGAACGCCUAGGCCACUAAGUAACAACACAGUUAAUCUGAACACAGGAGAUGUGGGAAAGGCAGGGCCAUUCGUUACUUUAGAGAAAAAUGAAUGAAGUCAUUCCUACUUCUCAAUACCCUUGCAAUGGCAGUGGAAAUUUUGUUUCUUUCUAUACAAGAAAAAUAAUGUUAUUUUUAAAAAAGGCUUCUUUGUUGUUUGCAUCCUAACCCGUGUUUUCAAUGAAAAAUAAUAUACCACUUUUGUACAAAAACACAAUAAUUAAAAAACAAAAAACACG